CGAAUGCUAGGUGGUGUUGACCAUCCUUAAGAUACCUCUUUCUCGUUUGUUUAUGUCUGAAUAACCUUAGCAAGCCUUAGUCAAGGACGUUCGCCAGCACUUCAGUUUAGUGAAGCAUCUGCAUUUAGAUGUGAUAGUUAAUGAAUCAUUUUCUCAAAGACUUAUUCAAUAGUGAGUGUCCUGUGUUGAAAUAAUGACUGAUUUCAGUGAAAUUUGCAAAAUUUCCGAGCAGAUUUUGAUGUGAUGUUGGAAAGUUGGACAUUUCGCCGCUCCUUCUGAACGUACUGACCUGACUGACAAUGCUGUUCAUAGAAAAUCAUACUUAAUAUGUCCCUAUAUGCUGGAAUACUGUUCAUCGUUUUCCAUUACUUGAUAUUGACCAAUGGAAAUAAAAUCAAACAAGAUUUUAGGUUUAUAUCUCAUCAGGACUUAAUUUCAACCAUUAGGAGAUUUACUAGUGACCAAAUAACUGACUACUCUCAGAUGCUUUUUGAUGUUUCCAGGCAUGAAAUCCUAAUUGGGGCCAAAAACAACUUGUUUCGCCUUAAGUUCGACAAGCUUGAGGUAAUAGAGCAGGAAGAAUGGAGUCCGCCUUUGGAGAAAAAACAACAGUGCAUCGCGAAGGGUGGCAGCGAGGAAAAUUGCCAUAACUACAUAAAGGUCCUCUUAACGAAUGGCACGCACAUAUUUGCCUGCGGGACCAACGCUUUCUCGCCGAAAUGCUCUUGGAGGAACCCCAACAGAAUAUCCGAAGUGGAUGAGUGGGUCGAUGGUACAGCGAAAUGCCCAUACAACCCAUCGUCGAAUAUUACUGGGUUCAUUUCCGAUAAUGGAGAGUACUACUUUGGAGGGCCGUCCAAUUUGGUGGGGUCGGAUUCUUUGAUAUCGAAGAAUAUAGGGAAGCACAAGCACGUGCGCACAAGGCAUUCCGAUGGGUUUUGGUUGAAUGAACCCCAGUUUGUUGGAAGUUUCGAGAAUGAGAACUAUGUGUACUUUUUAUUCCGCGAAACGGCUGUAGAGUACAUUAACUGUGGAAAGAUUAUUUAUUCGAGAAUAGCGAGAGUUUGUAAAAACGAUGCAGGCGGGACCAUAACAAGUCGCGAUAACUGGACCACGUUCAUUAAGGCCAGGCUGAAUUGCUCCAUAAGUGGAGAGUAUCCCUUUUAUUUCCACGAAAUUCAAAGCAUGACGUACGUGGCCGAAGAGAACGUAGCCUACGCCACUUUUACAACUCCCAGUAACAGCAUAGCGGGGGCGGCCGUAUGCGCUUUCAACAUGACAUCAAUAAAUGAGGCGUUUUCUGGAAAUUUCAAAGUUCGACCUCAUAGUGGAAGCGCUUGGGUGACGCAGCCGAAUCGACACCAGGAGCAUUUCGAAUGCAGAUCGCCCGUAUUGGAUAGCUAUGUGGAAAUGGAGGUUUCCAAAUAUCAAUUAAUGGAUAAUGCCGUGCAAGCCACCACUUUGAAUCCUUUGUAUGUGGGCGAGUUGGAGAGGUUCACUCAUAUAACUGUCGAUGUGUUGUCAACCAAAUUGCAGAGCUCGUUGCAUGUUAUCUAUAUUUCGACUCUAGAAGGGUUGAUUAAGAAGCUGAUUGUGCCUCCCGGUCACCAUAAGGCUUGCGUGGUGGAAAUAUGGGAAACCAAAAGCGAUUCAAUAAAAAACAUGCGAUUCUUGAAGAUCACAAACUCCAUAUACCUCACUACAAAGCAGGGUUUAAUGCAAAUACCAGCGGAACAUUGCAGACGACACAAAUCAAAGGAGAGUUGUAUGAACGCGAUGGAUCCUUACUGCGGUUGGAACGAACGGAACGAGGUGUGCUCCACACCGCCAAAAGACAACCCUCACGAUAUGAUAUGGCAACAGUCCGUCACCUCGUGUCCUGUUUUGGACAGUCCAGUGGAUGGAGGUUGGUCCAGUUGGUCGAGAUGGGAGCAAUGCUCCCACAAAAUUGAUGCUUAUGACGACUCCGGAACCUGCUUUUGCAAGGUGAGGCAAUGCAACAACCCUGCUCCAGCAAAUGGCGGGUACCCUUGCACGGGACCUUCGAUUAUGGUGAGCAACUGUACAGUCCAUGGAGGUUGGUCCGAUUGGUCCGCUUGGUCGGCCUGUUCUGCCUCUUGCGGAGAGGCGGUUAAAACCAGAAGUAGAUCGUGCACGAACCCUGCGCCUGCUCAUGGUGGUAGAGUUUGCGUGGGGCAAGAUAGAGCUGAAGCUAAUUGCUCCGAGCUACCGCCUUGUCCGGCAGAUCCAGUUAAUGGUAGAUGGGGGGAAUGGAGCGAAUGGUCUACGUGCGUUCACUCCUACAAAAAUCGUACGAGAGAAUGCGAUUCUCCCGCGCCUAGAAACGGCGGCCAUCACUGUAUAGGAAACAACAUGGAGUACACUAAAUGUGACCACAGCAGUACGACUCAUAGUUGCAAAACAGAACGCAAAUCCGUAACCAACACAACUGAUUGGGUAACGAUUAAUAACACAGUGUAUAAAUAUCAAAAAAGGUUCACUAUUACAUGCCGAGCUAACGUGGUAGCAGCAAGUCAUAUAAGGCUUAAUAUCGAAGAAGAUAUAAAAUACUGUACAAGCGAUUCAUGCAACAGCGAGUGGUCGGAGUGUUCAGCAUCCUGCGGAGGUGGUAUCCAACGCAGAAAAAAACCUUGCAAGGGUCAAAGAUGCACCGAAACUAAAGCUUGUAAUGUGCACCCGUGCGAAGAACAUUGGACGCGUUGGUCUGAUUGGUCCCCCUGCAACAAUACAUGUGGCAUAGGGUACCAAACCAGGACCAGAACUUGUCAAGGGCACCAUUGUAAAGGCGCCAAGGCGGAGGAGAGACCCUGUGAGAAUGACCUAUGUGAAGGUCCUAUAGGUUGGGGAAACUGGACACAAUGGUCGAUAUGUGAUAGCAACAAUGAACAACACAGGAAAAGAGAAUGUGUAAACUCUGGACUUUGUGAUGGGCAACACAUUGAGUCAAGAAUGUGUAUAAAUAUGGGAGUUUCAGAGAAAUGUACUACAACAAGUAGUAAGCUGGCCUUCCUAGUCAUUGGGAUAGUGUUUGGAUUUUUGCCUGGUUUGAUAUACUUGGGUUACUGCACAUUUCGAAAAAAGAAAAACGUGAUUCCGAGCUCGCCGCAUUAUAUAACCGAACAAAAUCCCUACAUAUCUGUGCCGACAAAAGACAAGCUGCCCAGGAAGUGCAGUGCCGCCUCUUCUCAUUCAUAUAUACCCAAAGAUGGCACUGUCAAGUCUCAAAGCAAAUUCAAUUUUGCGGACGAGAUAACGACGUUAAAAAAAAAUCAUCAGGAUAAGACCCUUCAUUAUAAGGAUGAUUAUUUGUAUGAAUAGUUCAAUAAGUACUGAUUAAUUAAUUUAUUGCUUACAUGCAAAUGUGAUAAUAUACUAUGUAUAGCUUAUAUGGUCAACAUUUAAAUCCAUUUCAUGAUAUUUAUUUUCGUGUGUACAUAUAUUCAAAUAUUUUAUAAUAAAAUUCUAUGCAAGAAGGCCAUAUAAAUAUUUAUAAUAACUCAAAUUGGGUCAAUAAAUUUUAUGUUUAAUGUUUAUGUGUGUU